GUCAUCAGUAACAUUUUGUUUUCUUCCAGUGCACUGAUUUUCACUCCUAAACGACGACAACAUCGCGUCGUUCAUCUCGCUAACUAAACGCUUCUGCAAACAAAAAGAAAACUCAAAACAACAUUGCCUUAGGGUUUUCCUUCUCCGGCGACAAUGGAGGUUGCGAACGCUCGGAACCCCGCCACCAAGCGAAAAUUCGACGACGCCGUUUCCAACGGCGUCGCCACGGAGGCGAACACCGUCGAUCUCUCCCUCCUCGAAGCCAUCGAGAAAUCGCAGAACGCCGUUGAAGUCCUCGAUCUCCGCGCCCUAAAGAAGCACGUUCUCUCCUUCGAGCGUCGCUUGAAGGAGAACAUUGAAGCGCGCCUCAAAUACCCUAACCAACCGGACCGAUUCGCCGAUUCCGAACUCGAGCUCCACGAAGAGCUUCAAAAGCUCAAGGUCCUCGCCGGCGCGCCGGAGCUCUAUCCGGACCUCGUCAACCUCAACGUGGUUCCGUCCAUCGUCGACCUCCUCAACCACGACAACACCGACAUCGCCAUCGACGUCGUUCAGCUUCUUCAAGACCUCACCGACGAGGAUGUUCUCGACGACAACGACGAUUCCGCUAGGGUUUUGGUCGAUGCUCUGGUUGACAACAGCGCGCUGGAGCUUCUCGUUCAGAAUCUUCACCGGCUGAAUGAUUCCGACCCCGACGAGAACGCCGCCGUGUACAGCACGCUCGCGACGGUGGAGAAUUUGAUUGAGGUGAAGCCCGCGGUGGCGGAAAUUGUGUGCGAGAGGACGAAGCUUUUGAAGUGGCUGCUCGGGAAGAUCAAGGUGAGGGAGUUCGAUAGUAAUAAGCAGUAUGCUUCGGAGAUUUUGGCGAUUUUGCUGCAGAGUAGCACUGUGAAUCAGAAGAAGUUGGGGCAGAUGAAUGGGGUUGAUGUGGUGCUUCAGGCUGUGGCGAUGUAUAAGUCUAAGGAUCCCAAGAGCUCCGAUGAGGAGGAGAUGUUGGAGAAUUUGUUUGAUUGCUUGUGUUGUUUGUUGAUGCCUUUGGAGAAUAAGGAACGGUUUGUGAAGGCUGAAGGGGUGGAGUUGAUGAUAAUUAUCAUGAAGCAGAAGAAGUUGGCUUAUGGGUCGGCUAUUAGGGCGCUUGAUUUUGCGAUGACGAAGUACCCGCCGGCUUGUGAACGUUUUGUGGAUGUUUUGGGGUUGAAGACAGCGUUUGCAGCUUUCAUGGGUAAGAUUCCUGUAAGUAAGAAGAACAAGAAAGAAAGGUACCAAGAGGAAAUGGAGGAGCGUCUUGUGUCACUGAUUGCAUCAUUAUUUGGUGGAAUCUUGAGGGGUUCUAGGAGAGAAAGAUUAUUAAGUAAAUUUGUUGAAAAUGAGUGCGAGAAGAUAGACAGGCUAAUGGAACUAUACAUCAGAUAUUCAGAUAGAGUCAAAGCAGAAACUGAACGGUUGAAUCAAGUUGAGCUUGAUGACUUUGAGAUGGAUGAUGAUGAAAAAUACAACCGUAAACUAGAAUCUGGACUUUAUACUCUUCAGUUGAUUGCUGUCAUUUUGGGUCAUAUAUGGUGCUCAGAGCAUCCACAAAUGAGAGGGAGAAUUGAGCUACUUCUCAAGCAGAACAAACUUAGUAAGAAGCAUAUCGAGGAUAUACUUCAGGAGUAUCAUGACAAUAUUGGUGACCUUGAUGGGCCAGAAGAGAAGGAAAGAGCACAGACAAAAAUUCAGAAGUUCAUAUCGGCACUAUAGUUAAUGUAAGAAUUACAAACUUCAGUGGAAGUGAUUGAAGUUAUUCAUUUAACUGCAUGUAAAAGAGGAAUAGAUUAGUCAGGGUAAUCCGAUCUGCAAAUGUUGUUGAGAUCAUAGCCAUGUAGCGUUUUUUUUCACACUACUUUAUGUAGUAUAAUGGAUAUUAUUUUUCCCCCUUGGUGGGUGUCUUAAAUUUUGCUCCUAUAUGAAGCAAUUUCACUCCAAUAAGGAAAAACUUUAGUCUUUUACUAUGUAUUUUCAUAGGUAUAACUUGAAAUUAGCCUCCACAUUAAUAAAGGUAGUUAACUUUUUCCUUGCA